CUGGCUGGAGGACGGCGGGGUGGGUGACGAAGUCUUCCGCCGGCAUGUUGGCCCCGGGCUUUGCUUUGGGGCUGGUGCUGCCAUUACUGCUGUGGGUCGGCAUACAUUCAGGUGUUGGUUUUCACUUUGCUUCAUACUUCGAUAGUUACAUGGUGCUGCAGAAAGAGCCUGCUGGGGCAGUGAUAUGGGGCUAUGGAAUACCUGGAGCCAUGGUCACUGUGACCUUGUUCCAUGAUGAGGAAGCCAUCAUGACAAAAGUGACCAGUGUGAAAGCACCCUCUCAUGUCUGGAUGGUUAUACUGGAUCCUAUGAAGCCAGGUGGACCUUAUGAACUGGUGGCACAUCAGACUUUGGGGAUAAUGAGAUUCACCCUAAAAAUUCAUGAUAUCUUAUUUGGAGAUGUCUGGCUUUGCAGUGGGCAGAGUAACAUGCAGAUGACCGUUUUACAGAUCUUUAAUGCUACAGAGGAGAUGUCCAACACUGAGGCCUAUCAAUCUGUCCGCCUCCUCUCCAUCUCUCUCGUUCAGUCAGAGAAGGAGCUGGAGGACCUUGAUGAGGUUGACUUGGAGUGGUCUAAGCCCACCUCAGGAAAUUUAGGCCAUGGCAAUUUCACAUAUAUGUCAGCAUUGUGCUGGCUCUUUGGGCGUUACCUGUACGAAACUCUGAAGUAUCCAAUUGGGCUCAUCUCUUCUAGCUGGGGUGGGACUCCCAUUGAAGCCUGGUCAUCUCCAAGGUCACUGAGAACCUGUGGAGUCUAUUUGACAAGGGGCAUUCCAGAAUCUGUAACUGGUCCCAGAAAUCACUCAGUCCUCUGGAAUGCCAUGAUCCAUCCACUACAUACAAUGACUCUGAAAGGGGUGAUAUGGUAUCAGGGAGAAUCCAAUAUGGACUAUUACAGGGACAAGUAUAAUUGCACGUUCCCUGCGCUCAUUGAAGACUGGCGCCAAACCUUCCAUGAUGGCUCUCAGGGUCAGACUGAACGUUUCUUCCCGUUUGGGUUUGUCCAGUUAUCUUCCUAUUUGUCACCGGAAAUACCAGAUGAAAGAUUUCCUGAGAUCCGAUGGCACCAAACAGCAGAUUUUGGCUUUGUUCCCAACACAGUAAUGCGCAACACUUUCAUGGCUGUCACUAUGGAUCUUGGUGAUAGGGACUCACCUUUCGGCAGCAUCCACCCUCGAGACAAACAGACUGUGGCCUAUCGGCUGCACUUGGGAGCCCGUGCUGUGGCUUAUGGGGAGACGGAUGUGAUCUUUCAAGGACCACUGCCUGACAAGCUAGAACUAUUGUCUCGUGGAGGGCUGCUCAACAUCACUUAUAACCGGCAUAUCCAGAUCUAUUUGCAGAAGCUGAGCAACAGGACAUUUGAGAUGGCAUGUUGCGUGGAACAUCGCUGCAAGUGGCUUCCAGCUGUCAUGAAAGUUUUCUCUUCCCACAUCUUGACCUUGGAUGUUUUGUCUUGUACUGCCACUGUGGCUGCUCUCCGCUAUGCCUGGUCCACAUGGCCUUGUGAAUAUAAGCAGUGUCCUCUCUAUGACUACCAUACUAAGCUGCCAGCACCUCCCUUCACUUCUUUCAUUACAGACUAGGUUCUUGGACAUUAGUGCAGGGUUGUCCAUAACAGUUAAGCUUGCCUUUAUCCCUUAGUAUCAGCCUCUGUACUACAAUGAAUUAGAGUUCAGUGUCACUUCCUAAUUACUGGGAGUGAAAUGGCUAGUAUUUUUAUCCCUUCUAAUCCUGAACUGUGGAAUCUCCGGGUUGGAAGAAGAUUUUAAAGGCCACGGAGGCCAGAUAGUGUUUUUAUGUGUUCUUUACAAAAUCUCUUGGCAAGUGAUUGAUUACUGAAUCUCUGUAAGAAGUUUCCAAGUUUUUCCUUAUGUUGAAGUGAAAUCUUUCUCUUAUGAAACUUUACCACUCCAUGACAGUCUUUUAGGUAAUUGAAGACUUUGUUUUCUUUUAAAGUCCAAUUCUGCUCCUUUAAUGAUUAUGUGACGAUUUAAGCCAAACCAACCAAGCCAAGUGCAGAUAUGUUUAUUCUUUAAGGCAAUAACCUGCCUUAAGGAAUAGAAAGGGCCAUGUAGUUAUAGCCUUGUUCAAGCACUCACAUGAGUGCUGGGUGAAUCAUAGGUUCAGUAAAGCAUGAAAGUAAUGGUAACGGAAGCUAAAGGAUCAUUAAAUAUAAUUCUCAGGCUCAUUAAAGAGUUUAAGGCUAAUUUACAUAGAAAAAGUUAGCCUGAAAGGCAGAACUAUAUGAUAAACUUAUAGAAAAAAAUAAGGUGCCAGCCAGGUGCUAGUGGCUCACACCUGUAAUUCUAGCUACUUAGGAGGCUGAGAUCUGAGGAUUUUGGUUUGAUGCCAGCCUGGGCAGGAAAGUCUGAGACACAUAUCUUCACUAAACUAUUAAGAAAAAGGUGGAAAUGGCACUGUGGCUCAAGUGGUAGACUGUAGUGCUAGCUCAGGGACAGCACUCAAGCUCUGAAUUCAAGCCCUAGGACUGGCAAAAAAAAAAAAAAAUGCAGUUGAGACAGUGGUAAAAAACAGGGCCUUAAUGUAAUGUAUAUUAUUAAGAAUCAUGAGAGUUAGGGAGUGGCUUGAGUAGAGCACCUGCCUAGGAAGCACAAGAUCCUGAGUUCAACCCCACUACCACCAAAAACAAAACUAAAAAACCAUAAUGCAGUUUAUAGGUUGAUUAAAAACAGCUGAUGGUUCUUGAAAAAUUGUUGUCUAUUAGGAGUUGGAAAUAAAUGUAUGAUUAGUGCUGUGUA